AUGACUCACAUCCUGCCUCCGCACACUGACCUUAAUCUUGUACCAUCGUCUCUUCAUUCAGCCCUUCAUAUGGACCCAAAUCAACAGCAACAGCAGCUCCAACAGCCUAAUCAGCCUCAUCAGCAACAAGCGCCAACAACCUCCAAGAAGAGAGGACGAAAGGCGGACACAAAUUCUGAUGAAGCUGGCUCACCGUCCGAACCAAGACGGCUCAGACGCUCCCAUGAGGCUUGCGCACGAUGCAGGAGCAAGAAAAUUAAGGCAAGUCCCUGCGACUCGAAACAUCCUAAAUGUACAGCAUGCGCGACUGCCGGUGUCCCUUGUCAGCAGGAGGACAGACAUAGGCAGACUCUCACUCUUAGAGGUCACACCGAGUUCAUCGAGCGCCAGAUUGCUCAAUGCGAUGCACUUUUGAAACGUCAUAUCUCUGAUUUCAAUAUGGCGAAUCUGGAUGAGAUAUGUCGGAGAGAGGGCAUUGAGGUCGACGGUCAUCCCGCCCCUGAAUUUGCUCAAUCAAACCCACAAUUCCCACAGCAACCGAGUGGCCCUCCUCCCGGGGCGAUUUAUGGGCCUCCUUUCGUUCACCCCGCAUACCCUUACGGUGUGCCUAUGCCGCAUGGGUACCCAUCACAUAUGCCGAUGCCAGGACCACCUGGUGCUUACGGACCCAUUCAUCCUGGGUUUCCCCCUCCCCCUCCUCCACAGCAUAUGCAGGCCCCGCCCCAGGUACAACAACAGCCUCAACCACAGCCACAUACAGUCCCGCCUCCAGUUGUAGCUGCUACGGCUAAUAUUGAGGUCAAAGGUCAAGAUCCGCAGUCUUUGGAUAUGUCAACUACGAGGGCACUGGCCAAGAGCUUCGGCGUUCACCCUCUUAUUGUGAACGACAGUCACCUGGGUUCAGGUGACAAGGAAGAUCUUGCAGUUGGCUCAAAUGGCUUAUCAUCGGGACGUGAUCGUGGCAUCACGGAGCAAUCGAUGCCCCGUGAUCUUACAAAAUGGGUCUCUAUCUCUGUAGCAACCAGCAAUCCUGGUGGCUCUUCUACGGUAUCCACCUCUACAAUAACAUUAUGGAUGCCCAAGGAUCGCUCGUUGACGAACAAGAUAGUCGAUGUUUACUUCAACCACCUCAACGUCCACCGCCCUGUCUUCUUCCGGUCAGACUUUGAGCACAAGUUAAAUGCGCUUUACGACGGGGAUAAUGUGCAACAUGAUCCAGGCUUUAUUUGUAGCAUGUACCUCAUUCUGGCACUCGGAACGUUGAGCGAGUUGAAUCACCAAGGGAGUAUCGCUGACAAGGACAAAAAGAUGCCCAGCGAUAGUCCGAUCAAUACCAAGAAGCUGCUCCCUGCUAUAUGGCCUGAGCAUGAUGAAUUUUUCGAGCGUGCGCUGGCUGUCAAGCCUCAUCUACGUGUCACGAUCUCCAGUCUUCAGGCACUGCUUUUGUUACAUUGGUAUCUGUACACCGAGCGACAAGGCCGCUCUCUUUGGCGCUUAGUUGGAAGUCUUGUUCGCCUCUCAAUAGAACUUGGUCUGCACCAUGAUCCCACGGCGCAGCCCAACACCUUCACAGAUGAAGAGUGUCAGCUACGCAUCCGGCUUUGGGGUACUGUCAUGGUGCAUGACCGGGGCACUUCCAUUCUUCUCGGACGUCCACUUGCCAUUGCUCCAUAUGACUCCAACACGCCUCGCCCCACACACGGACUUAAGGGCCAGAAUGCUGAUUUCUCUGAACACUUCCUUCUUUCUCACCCUAUUGCAGAAAUACAAGCGGACAUCAUCAACUCCCUUUAUGCUCCCUCACGGCAGAGUGCUGAUACCAUCAUGAGACACGCAUCGAGGAUCAUCAAGAGCAUGCUUGAGUUCAGGAGACAGCUCCCCGAUAGCUAUAAGUGGUACUUUGGAGGAACUGAAGACUGGCCUGUGGAAAGGCGACAAAAGCUGGUCCAGGACAUUACAGAAGAUCAAGGGCUGACAUUGCUCAAAUUUGGUAUAUCCAGGAUCUUGCUUCUUCGUGCUUUGUUCAGUCUUAAGGAACUCGACUACAAUCACCGUUCGAAGGCACUCAUUGAUGCUAUCGUCACAUCGCACAACAUCAUCAUCGUCCACAAUCAGCUCAUUCGUUUCCCCGAUAUCGCCUUUUUCGUUUCUCCCAUCCCUCUCCAUAUCGCGGCAAUGGUCAUCCUCUACGGUCACAUGUCUCACUGCGAGCGCCUCUCACGCCAGGUGAUGAUCGAAGACGUUUGGAUGGCACUUGACAUGCUUCCACGCUUCCGUUGGCGUUGGGAACGAAAGGACUUGAAUGGCGGGCACCCUCUUAUCUCCAAGCUCGCUGAGAAGGUUCUCAACGUCAACCUCCGCACAGUGGGACCUACCAAAGAUCCCGUCUUACUUUCUGAACUCGAUUGGGAGACAGAUUCACCUGGGAUGCUCUCAUCACCAGCGUUGAGUGGUCAACAACAAUUGCGCGUGCAUCCGGGGACUCCCACGAUGUCACACCCACCCUAUUCAAAUGGUGGUGUCGGACCCGGUGUUUACGGUCCGCUUCCACGUGGUGUUACUGUAAGCACGAACCCUAUUAAAGGGCUUCAAGGAUCUGUGGGUAACGGUACUACACAGGACAAGCUCGCAGAGGUACCCCCUGGGUUAUUCUACCCAUUUUAUCCUGAAAAUCCGAUGAGCGCUGCCCCCGGUACUGUUUCUGGUCCCCACAGUGAUGCCGGAGCCAGUGGAGACGCUGGUCAGGACCCACAGGGUUAUAGUCACCUGCUGGCGGCGGCAGCACAGCCAAACGGGACAUACGGGUGCCAGCCAUCGUCGGAUUCAUACAUGCUUGAAGAGAUUGUACCUGCUCAUGGUAAUCAGGUGUGGAUGAAUGUUGUCAGUCGUUGA